AUGCAGCAGCACCAGCAAGGCCGCGGGGAGAGGCCGUACAGAUCACAUCUACGCCCAGCAUGCCUCACGUGCCGGCGACGGAAGUCGAGAUGCCACACUGAGCCAGGCGCGGACCGUUGUCUCAUGUGUAGAGCACACGGAACAGACUGCCUCUUCCCAGGAGGAUCACCUGGUCCGGCCUCCAAGGACAGUCCUGACCAGGUUGCACGUCGCCGGGGACGCGGAAAGAGCAGCGCAACUCCAAGGAUAACCACACCUCCUUUUCAUCCAGUCUCUGGUCCAAGAGCUCAUCCAACUGUUGCUUCUACAUCCAUCCCUGGGCCGCAAAAUGGUGACAUGGUGCCGGGCUCAGCAUCUUCCUCGUCGGCGUAUAAUCCUUCCCUCAACCCCCCACCAAACAGAAGCCAUCACCAGCAAGAGAUGCAUGGCGGCGAUUCCCCAUCUAUUGAGUUUGGCUCAGCUGAUGAUCAUGCUUCGAAUCUUCACAUUGUUGGCCCAGCUACGACCAAGGAUAAUCAAGUCCUAUCAGACUACCUAUCUGCAAUCCCGGGGGCUACCCGUGGAACACGCAUGGUUGUUCCCGUCCCUGCGAGUCGUUCUAGGCCGGUACUCUUUACAAGGGUUCAAAAGCGGCCCUUUGGUGUCCCAGUAAACCGUAGCCCGUCAGCCGAAAAACUGGAGAUGAUUGAAAAACUCCUAGAGCCAUACGCGGGAGAUGUAAUUGAUCUUUAUUUUGGAAAGGUGAACAUUUGUUUCCCGUUGCUUGACGAGGUCUCAUUUCGUCAGCAAUGGCUUGAAAACAAGGAACGUAUAUCACCGGCCUUGCUUGCUUGCCUGUAUGCGCAUACAAUGGCUUAUUGGCAAUAUUCCCCAGCCUUGGCCCAUCGAAAGUGCCCAGAUGUACGUUUCAUUUGGAACCUUGCCAACGAUGCAGUCUAUUCUGAGCUGCAUCUUUCUCCUGGAAUGUCCAUCAUCAAAGCCAUUGUGCUCAACGUCGGCGGUCUCCCAACCACCUCACUCAUCGGGAACGGUGUGCUUUUGGGAUCGGCCGUAUCAGUAGCAUACUCUUUGGGUUUGAACCGGAACCCCAUGUCGUGGGAGAUAACACACUCAGAGAAGUGUUUGAGGAUGAAGAUCUGGUGGACUCUGCUCAUCCACGACCGAUGGACAAGUCUCGCACAUGGAACGCCACCCCACAUACUCCCAACCCAAUACGACGUUCCGCUGCCAAGUCUUGAGUAUAUGGCCGACAACGCAGCAAGCGGAAUGCAACAUAGGGCCGCCAGUGUCUUCAUUGCAUUAGCUAGCUUGACCGAUGUGCUAGAUCAACACCUGCAAUAUAUCUACCAGGUCCGAAAAGAUGAGACUGGAAGCACGGUGCAGCUAGAACUUGCCCUCAAUAAUUGGGUAGAGAGUCUAAGCGGGACAGUUCGGUUGAUUAUCCUUCGUGGCUCACACUUGGAUAUCCCUGGUGCAGCCAACUUACGAUUCAGCUAUCUAACGACAAGGUUAUUGCUCGAGCGCAUUGAGCUUGAGGCGGACAAGCAGAGCUAUGAUCCCCACGAUCAGCGACUAUCAAAUCGCUAUAUCCAGGCUCGCAGGACUGCUGAGGAGAUCCUGAUCAUGACGCAAGAACUUCAGCAGGAACAGAUGGGAGAUUUCUGGCUGGCCACCUCGGCGUUUUCAUACCCUGCAACGGUAAAUUUCUUGCUUCGAUGCGGUUUAGAGACAGAAAGCUCGCCGGUAGAACUGGUGCGCAGCCCUCCAUUUAAGAUUGCGCAAGACUUGAUAGAAACGCUGCGGUCACAUCAGGACAAAUUCUCGUGGGACCUGGCCAGGGUAUGUCUGGCGCAACACGCCGAGAUUGUUGACAAGAUACUUUCCAGUGUAUCGUCAAGUGAGUCUCAAGGCGGAAACAGUGGCUCCUUCGACCCGCAGGAGUUUGUGCUGCCAGAUGCCUCCUUCAUUGACCAGUUCUUCCCUAGUCUUUGGGACCCGCUGCAGAAUGCAUGGUGA